UGGCCGUCACUGUCCCCACAGGCCUCCCAGGGACGUGUCCCUCUAGAGGCCAGACCCAGUGUCCGGGUCCAGCAGGGCCCCCGAGCCCCGAGAUGCUCCUGCUGGCCCUGCUGCUGGUCCUACUGCGGGGAGGGUCCCUGCAGGAGGGUGCACAGUUCUGGCUGCAGGUGCAGGACCGCGUGACGGUGCAGGAGGGGCUGUGUGUCCUGGUGCCCUGCUCUGUGCACUACCCCUGGCACAACGGGAGCCGCUCCACUCCAGCGUACGGUUACUGGUACCAGAGGAAGGAGAACACCAAAAGAGAAGAGCUAGUGGCCACAAAUGACCCAGGAAAGGAAAUCAAAAAGAAGACCAACCUCCGGUUCCGACUCCUCGGGGACCCCGGGGCCAACAACUGCUCCCUGCGCGUCUCGGGUGCUCAGCAGGCGGACAGCGCACAGUACUACUUUCGCCUGGAGAGAGGACAUAUUAAAUACAGUUACCAACGUUACAUGCUCACAGUGACUGUGACGGGAGCCCCUGAAGUCUGGCCGCCUGGGCCACCUGAUGUGCUCCCUGCCUGGGGCCUGCCAGCCUUACACCAUCUCCUGGGUCGGGGCUGCCCUGAGAGGCCCAGGCCUGGUCUCCAACACCUCAGAGAUCCAGCUCAGUCCCAGCCCGCAGGAUCAUGGCACCCAGCUCACCUGCCGAGUGACCAUCCCCAGGGCUGGCGUGUCCACAAAGAAGACGGUCCAGCUCAGAGUGUCCUAUGCCCCGAGGGUGACCAUCACCGCCCACGAUGUCCCUGGAGCAGCCAGCCCCCUGCCUCCCUGAACUGGGUCCUGGAAGACCGGGUCCUCUCUUGGUCCAGCCCUGUGGACUCCAGAACCCUGGGGCUGGAUCUGCCCAGGGUGAAGGCUGGGGACUCGGGUCGCUACACUUGCCUAGCAGAGAACAAGCUGGGUUCGCUGAACGGCACCCUGAAUCUUUCUGUGCUGUAUCCCCCAGAGGACCUGAGAGUGACCAUUUGGCAAGCAAACAGGACAGGGCUGGAAAUCCUUGGGAAUGGCUCCUCCCUUCCGGUCCUGGAGGGCCAAAGCCUGCGCCUGGUCUGUGUCAGUCACAGCAAUCCCCCAGCCAGUGUGAGCUGGGCCUGGGUGACACAGACCCUGAGCCCAGUGCAGCUUUCAGACCCUGGGAUCCUGGAGCUGCCUGUGGUUGGCAGGGAGCACGAAGGACACUUCACCUGUGCUGCGCAGAACCCGCUGGGUGUCCAGACCAUCUCCCUCAGCCUCUCUGUGCACUCGCCCCCACAGAUUCUGGAACCCUCCUGCUCCUGGGAGGCUGAGGGUCUGCACUGCAGCUGCUCCUGCAGAGCCUGGCCAGCCCCCUCCCUGCACUGGCGGAUGGGGGAGGGGCUGCUGGCGGGCAACAGCAGCAAUGCGUCAUUCACCGUCACCUCCAGUUCCAGGGGGCCCUGGGCCAACAGCUCCCUGAGUGUAUACGGAGGGUUCAGUUCUGACUUGAGGCUCAGCUGUGACGCCCAGAAUGACUUUGGGGCCGAGGGCCACUGUCCUGUUGAUGCCGAUUCAGGGGUGAAGACUGUCAGGAUGGCCGCUGCCGGGAAGGAUAAACCUGCUGCCUUUGUACCUGUCUGCAGGGGAACCCUCAAUGCAGCUGAUAGUACGAAAGGCCACCCAUCCCCUGCCCUGGCCAUACCUGCCCCAGAGGAGGAGCUAGAGGUCCAUUAUGCCUCCCUCAGCUUCAAGAGGCUGAGGCCCUGGGAGCCUCAGGACAGAGAUGAGGCCAGCCCCACGGAGUACUCAGAGAUCAAGAUCCGAAAGUAACAAACACAGCAGUGCCCAGGGCAUGUCUGGGGAGGGAGACACCACCACAGACCCUACGGCAGCUGUUCGCCUUGUAACCAGGACACUAACUGGGGUAGGCAGUCCAUGGCCCUGCGAUGGGCAGACAUAGGCUCCAGUUUCUGCCCCGGCGCCUGCAUGAGUUCCUUUGCCCCUCACCCCCCUGCUCAGCCUAACAGACAUUGUCCCCCACGCAUGGGCUGCUGUGGGGCAUGAAGGUAGCUCUUAGCAUCAAAUAUGGGUGUCUGCAGAGAGCACAUCACCUCCUUGCCUGUUCCCGGGGAUCCUAUGAUAUGUGGAGCCCUCCGGGCCUUGCUGCCCAGCCCUGUAUGUACUCCUGCAUGGGAAUGCCAGCUGUAGAUGGCCCUGAAAGCUCACUGGAGUGACCUGUGUCACGGUGAGACUCUCUGCCAGCCUUCUGCCCUGCACUUGUAUCAAUCACUGAGCAUCCUCUUCCUCCAGUGCAUUCUAGCCUCGACUGUCCCCACACCUUGUUCAUCUGACAUAGACUCCGUGGGUUUGAAUGAAAAGAUUCCCUAAAGGCUCCAAGUAGUUGAAUACUUGGUCUCCACUUCAUGGUGCUAUUUGAGGGGAGGGGGGUCAUGGAAACUUUAGGAAGUGUGGCCUCACUGGAAGAAGCACUGUGGUCACUGGGGGCAGGCGUUGAGCUCAUGGCCUCAUCCCGUCUCCAGUCUGUCUCUCUUUCUCUGCUUCCUGUGCCUGCUUCAAAGUGCGAGCACUCAGUUUUGCAUUCUGCCUGCCUCCUGCAGAGCCUCCCCACCAUGAUGGACUUCUUACUCCUCUGGAACCAGAAGCCCAAUAAACUACUCCUUCCAUAAGUGGC